GUAUCCAAUAUAGCAACAGAGAUAUGGCGAAGUAUUGCAAUGUUGUGCUUGUUCUUGCUCUAGCAGUGGUGGUGGUUCAAGCCACUUCAAGGAAUGUGCCUAAAGAUGCUGCUGGUCUCGAUGACCAAAAGAACUUCCUCACAUAUGGUGGUGUUGGCGGCUACUCCGGCAUUGGAGCAGAUGGCAUGCCGAUUGGUGGUGUUGGGAGUGCUGGAGGUACGACUGGCCUUGACGGUACAGGUGGGACUGGCGGCAUAUCAGGCGUUGGGUUUGGAAAUGGUGAUGACUCCGGCGCCGGUGGCGGAGUUGUAGGUGGUACUGGUGGAAGUGCGCCCGGUGUCAUCCAUUUUCCUUGAACUUUGCUGGGGUUUUAAAUUUUGAAGUUUCUAGUUUAAGUAAUAUUAUUGUUGCUCUAGAGCUUGUGGCGUGUUUAAGAUGGUAGUAAUGUUUGUUGGGUGUUAAGAUGUUGUCGUGUGUUAUAUCCUUUAUUUUCUUAUUUAGCAUCAUGUCUUUUGUUUUGUA